AUGUGGUUAUUAAUUCUUUUCGUUGUUAUUGGACUGUUUGGAUCUGAAAGUUUUGUUGAAGCUAACUUUACUACCAAUUGUACAAUUGUAGCAAAAGGAAAUUUGAAAUUUCCGAAAAAAUUUAGUUUUGGCGUAGCAACAUCAGCUUAUCAAAUAGAAGGUGGUUGGAAUGCAGAUGGUAAAGGAAUAUCAACUUGGGAUGAAUUUACACACAAUUAUCCGGAAAAAAUCAAAGAUGGUUCAAAUGGUGACUCGGCAGCAGAAUCGUAUAGACUAUUCGAAUUAGAUUUGCAAGCGUUGAAGCAGCUAGGGGUAAAACAUUAUCGUUUUUCGAUCGCUUGGACGCGAAUCUUUCCAACUGGCGAUAUACAUUUGAAAAAUCAAAAAGGAAUCGAUUACUACAACAUGGUGAUCAAUAAACUCCUAGCAAAUAAAAUCGAGCCAAUGGUUACCAUGUACCAUUGGGAUUUGCCUGUUGGAAUACAAAAGUUCGGUGGCUUCUUCAACUCCAUGAUAAUUGACCAAUUCUCAGAUUAUGCAGAGGAACUAUUUAAAUUAUUUGGUGAUAGGGUUAAAACAUGGAUAACAUUUAAUGAACCAAAUAAUAUUUGCAAAUCAGGUUAUGCACCAACUUUAAUUGAAGCUCCUGGAGUUGGUGAUUAUAUAUGUUUUACAAAUGUGCUUAAGGCACAUGGUGCAACUUAUCGUUUGUAUCAAAAGAAGUUUGCGAAAAAACAAAAAGGAAAAAUAGGCAUCACUUUGGAUAUUUGGUUUGUCUUUUCUAAAACAAAUAACACAGAUGAUGUUGCUCGUGCAAUGCAUUAUAAUUUAGGAUUGCUAGCAUAUCCAAUAUUUAGCAAAUCUGGUGAUUUUCCUCCGAUUGUUUUGAAAGAAAUUGAAAAGAGUAGCAUAGAGGAAGGAAGAAAAAAAUCACGCCUUCCAAGUCUUGGUGAAUAUUGGACAAAAAUUAUUCAAGGCUCUGGUGACUUUUUAGGUAUAAACUAUUACACAUCGAGAUAUGUGAAGCCUGCUACCGAACCAAUGGGUAAAAACCCUUCAAUGGAAAGAGAUAUUAAUGUUCAGAUGGAUUUUGAUCCGAAUUGGCCAAGAGCAAAGGCAGAUUGGCUUUAUUGUGUUCCUCAAGGAUUGGAAGGUCUUUUAAAAUAUAUUCGAGAUGAAUAUGACAAUGUUGAGGUCAAGAUCACAGAGAAUGGUUGGGUAGAUUCUGGUGAACUUAAUGAUGAUAACCGUAUUAGAUAUUAUAAAAGUCACAUUCAAGCAGUUUUGAACGCCAUCAAUGAUGGCUGCAAUGUUACGUCCUAUUCGGCUUGGAGCUUGAUUGAUAAUUUUGAAUGGCUUAAAGGAUAUACAGAAAAAUUUGGUUUGUAUUAUGUGAAUAUGAAAAGCAAUAAGAAAGGGCGUAUACCCAAGAAAUCGGCGCUGUAUUACAAAAAGGUCAUUGCAACGAGAUCAGUUCCCAACGAUGUUUGAAUAUUUAUAAUAAAAAAUUAUGUGUUGUACAUACCAAAGCUUUGAUUAUUUAAA